AUGCGAGAUAGUUGGAAAUAUUUGCUCAAGUCUCUUUAUGUAGUUUUUGCAUUCUUUUCUGCUCUUUUACUGGGUGCCUUUAAAAGUUUGCUGGUGGGUCCGAUUGCUUGUUUAAUUCUGAUAUUGGGGAAUCUGGGCGUGAUUUUAGGCCUUUUCCCUGCACAUGUGGCCUGGACAGUUUACACCCUUGUCGAAACAAAUAGGUUUGAUGCACCACUUAAGGUCGCAAUCUUUUUUGGGUUGCCUGUUCUGUUUGGUAUCUGGUUGGCUCUUAGCAUAGCUGGUAGUGUACUCGUGGGAGUGGGAUAUGGUUUUUUCACUCCUUGGGUUUCAGCUUUCGAGGCCUUCAGACUUGACAAUGAAUCCAAGAAAUUCUUCCACUGCAUUGUGGAUGGAACGUGGGGUACUGUCAAGGGUAGUUGUACUGUUGUUCGGGAUUUCGCUGAUAUAUGCUAUCAUUCUUACCCACUCUAUCUGAAGGAGUUACGUGAAUACCCUGCAUCUCAUGAACUUCAACCUCUCAGAUUCAUUCAUGUGCCUGGGUGCAUCAUUGUUGGGUUGAUGGGGCUGAUAGUAGAAAUUCCACUUUACACGGCAAUUGCAAUAGUAAAGAGUCCUUACAUGUUGUUCAGGGGAUGGCAUAGAUUAGUACACGAUUUGAUCAGCCGGGAAGGCCCAUUUUUAGAAACAGCCUGUGUUCCAAUUGCUGGUUUGGCAAUCCUUAUGUGGCCGCUUGUUGUUAUUGGGAGCAUCAUAAUGGCUAUAUUUUCAAGUUUUUUCAUAGGAUUAUAUGGAUCCGUUAUAGUAUACCAGGAAAGGUCCUUCCGAAGAGGUGUUGCCUAUGUCAUUGCUAUGGUUGCUGAAUUUGAUGAGUACACAAAUGAUUUGCUCUAUCUUCGUGAGGGUUCAAUCCUUCCAAAGCCCCGAUACCGGAAGAAAAGUAAAUCCAAUUCUGAGUUUUCUGUUCAGCAAAAUCAUUCCUUACAUGGAAAUUACAGCUCUGUCUUCACUGAAGCUCCUUCAAUCCUCGUGCCAACCCUUAUAGCAUCAAGAUCUGUUCGGGAGGCAAUACAUGAGGUGCCAAUGGUGCAGGUAUGGGGAAGCACAAUGAAAUUAUGCGAACAAAGAGGCAAGGAACUAUUGGAUACAAAUGUGAUAUCAACUGCUGACCUCAAUGAUUGGUUGAAAGCAAAGAAAACAAACGAUGCGUCCAUUGUUGCUGUUGGAUUGCCCUGUUUCUCAUUUUUGCAAACACUCCUGCACUCAAUUAAAGCUGGCUCCAAUGGGCUACUGCUUUUGGAUGAUCUCGAGAUAACCCAUUUGAAUCGACCCCAGAGCAGAUUGUUGGACUGGUUUUUCCAACCUGUGAUGGUCCUCAAAGAACAAAUCAGAGUACUUUCUUUGGAAGAGGGCGAGAUACGGUACCUGGAGAAGUUGAUUCUCUUUGGAAACAAUACAGAACGCCUUAAGACUUGGGAAAAUGGUAGUUUUAUUCCUCAAGACCCUGUCAGGGCUGCUCGAUUAGAUGGUAUCAGUCGCAGGAUGGUGGGAAUGACUAGAAGUGUAUCCAAGUUUCCGACUUACAGAAGGAGAUAUCGGCAGGUUGUUAAGAACUUGAUAUAUUAUUCAGUUGCAAAGGAUGGUUCUUGUUCUUUUACAAAGGAGGGUUCUACCAGAUCCAUUACUUGUUCUGCAACUAAGGAAGGCUCCAACAGAUCAACGUCUACAAGAUCAAUUGGUUCCAUAGAUAUCGUCUGA